AUGCAUCGUCUUCGACACGCGGUGCACGAGGCGUUUAAAUCCUCGGUGGAGAAUCUCACGCCCGCGCGAACGUCGAGCGCGUACGAAUCUCAGGGCGUGCUGUCUCCCGAUGAAUUCGUGUUGGCCGGCGAUGCGUUGGUGCGCGCGUGCCCGACGUGGUCGUGGGCGAGAGGGAGCGACGAAAAGGCGAAGAAGUUUUUGCCCAGGGAGAAGCAGUAUCUGGUGACGAGACGCGUGCCGUGCGCGAAGCGGGCGAAGGACAUGGAGGCGUACGCGGGGAGCGAAAUCGCGCUCGGGGGAGAGGACGAGGGAUGGGUAAAAGCUGGUGAGGGGCGCGUCGUGGACGGAGGGGGCGGUGAUGGGGAGAUACCGGACAUCGGAACGUUGACGCUCGACGACGCGUCGAAGAAGACGACGAACGAUGAGACGAUGAAGAUCGAUGACAUUCCGGAGAUUGGUGAGGAUUUCGAGGACGAAGACGACGAUGCGGUUGUGCUGCCGAGCGCGACUGAGAUCGCGCGCGCCGCGGGACGGGUGAAUGGAGGGACGGAGGAUGACGACAUCGUCAAGACGAGGACGUACGAUUUGACCAUCACGUACGACAAAUAUUACCAGACCCCGCGCGUGUGGUUGAAUGGUUACGACGAGAAUAGUUUGGUGCUAAAACCAUCCAAGACGCUCGAGGACGUGAGCGCCGAACACGCGCAGAAGACGGUGACGAUCGAUCCGCACCCGCACACCGGGGUGCCCUCUGCGUCGAUUCAUCCAUGCAAACACUCAAGCGUGAUGAAAAAGCUCGUGGAGUCCAUGCGCGCGGAGCGUGGGGAAUCUCCUAGCGUCGAGACGUACAUGUUCGUUUUCCUCAAGUUCAUCGCGUCCGUGAUUCCUACCGUCGAGUACGAUUACACCUUGUAA